GCAGGCGCCUCUGAGCGAAGAAAGCAGUCAAAGGACCUCAGCCGAAAAUGCCUAAGCAAAUCCACGAGAUCAAGGACUUCCUUCUCACUGCCAGAAGGAAAGAUGCACGCUCUGUGAAAAUUAAGAAGAGCAGAGAUGUGGUCAAGUUCAAGGUUCGCUGCUCCAAGUACCUUUACACUCUCUGUGUCUUCGACUCAGAGAAGGCCGAUAAGUUGAAGCAGUCUCUCCCACCAGGUUUGAACGUUCAAGACCUGCGAAAGUAGAGGACCAGACCAUCCCCGAGCUUGUCAGCAGAUUUCUAGGCGAUAAAUUCUAGAGUUUAUUUUGUGCAAUUUUGCAGUUAUUAAAAUGUUAUGUAUUGGAUCUUGGUUCGCUACUUAAGCCUUCAUUGUGUUUUGACGUUCCGGGUUUAACAGUUAACGAUUGUUAUUAUGGUUUAUUUCUGCUAUUGCCUCUUACCAUAUAGAUCGAGAUGUCUUGGCAAUGUUCCUGCGUAUAACAAUUUUGCAUGAUAAUUUAUACAAGAAACUGUUGGAUGGUCU